AUGGCAGAAUUUCUCGAAGAUCCGUCGGUGCUCACUAAAGACAAGUUGAAGUACGAGCUGGCGGCGAACAACGUGGCGCUGCCGAGCGGCGAACACAAGAAAGAAGUGUACGUCCAGCUCUAUUUGAAAUACUUGACGGUGCAGAACAGCAAGAAGAGCCCGCCUGUCGAUACCUUCUCCAGCGACGAAGAGCUACCCGCCCCCGUGGUCUCCAACAAAAGCCGUUCCGGGAGAAAAGCUACCAGAAAGACAGAUAAACCUCGCAUAGAGGUUGAGGUGACGGAACUCACAGAUGAUGAUCUGAAGGAGCAUCUUGCCAAGUAUGGAGUGGACGCGGGACCUAUUGUGGCUUCAUCCCGCAAGUUGUAUGAGAAGAAACUCCAGAAACUUCUGGAAGACUCCGCAGUUGAAGCUGAGGCCGCCGCUGAUGUUACCAUCCUCCCCAAGGCUGACACUAACCAGAAUGGCAACACCAACUCUGACCAGUACAGUGACAAGGAAGACGAGGAAAUUACCAGCACUGAAGCAGAGGCUGUCCCCAUUGUGGAGAAGCCGGUGCGCAGCCGAGGGAAAACUCCGGUUACUUUGCGAACCAGCAGCAGAAGACAAACCAAAGUGGUGGAAGAAGUGGCAGUGAGUGAAGGCACCCCCGUGAAGAGCAGCGAGAGUGUGGUGGAAGAUAUUCUUGCCAAUGAAAUCAACACACCGACGGGCAUCAGCGCCACCUGCAGGCGUCCCAUCCGGGGAGCGGCGGGCCGGCCGCUGAAGCCCAGCGACUACUGGCUGGACGAGUCCCGCGUGCGCCACAGCGUAUACACAGAGUCCCGCUCCUACUCAGAGUCAAUCUCCCGGGGCGGUGCUGGUGUGGCGCUAAGCCCCUCCCCGACUGGCAAAGCCCCGGCCAGGCGUGGGGUCCUGUCCCUCACGCUCAGGCUCUGUGUCCUUCUGGCGGUCAUCUGCGGCUUACUCUACUUGGCUUACCAUCACCUGGACGCGGCCCACCUCAGCGCCCUCGGAGGCCUCCUGGAGGGCGUGCUGGUUCCUCUACGGGAUACUGCCCAGAGAGCCGCCACCUACCUGGGCCUCGGCGACAAGUGA